ACUUCCUGUCCCGUGCGGGCAGGACUUCCGGCCGAGGCGGAAGACCUUUUCCCUCGCGUUUUCUAGAGAUCCGUUUUGCAGAACCUGGAGGGGCGAGUCGGGACCGUACUGUGGACUCUAGAGUGUCUAUAGGCGUAAUGGGUGUGAUAGGUAUACAGCUGGUUGUUACCAUGGUGAUGGCCAGUGUCAUGCAGAAGAUUAUACCUCACUAUUCUCUUGCUCGAUGGCUACUCUGUAAUGGCAGCUUGAGAUGGUAUCAACACCCUUCCGAAGAAGAAUUAAGAAUCCUUGCAGGGAAGCAGCAGAAAGGAAAAAGUAAAAAAGACAGAAAAUACAAUGGCCAUAUUGAAAAUAAGCCACUAACCAUUCCAAAAGACAUUGACCUUCAUCUAGAAACCAAGUCCGUUACAGAAGUGGAUACUUUAGCACUGCAUUACUUUCCAGAAUACCAGUGGCUGGUGGACUUCACGGUGGCUGCUACUGUUGUGUAUUUAGUAACUGAAGUCUAUUACAGCUUUAUGAAGCCCACACAGGAAAUGAAUAUCAGCUUAGUCUGGUGCCUCCUGGUUUUGUCUUUUGCAAUCAAAGUUCUAUUUUCAUUAACUACACACUAUUUUAAAGUAGAAGAUGGAGGUGAGAGGUCAGUUUGUGUCACCUUUGGAUUUUUUUUCUUCGUUAAAGCAAUGGCAGUUUUGAUCGUAACAGAGAACUACCUGGAGUUUGGACUUGAAACAGGGUUUACAAAUUUUUCAGACAGUGCGAUGCAGUUUCUUGAAAAGCAGGGUUUAGAAUCUCAGGGUCCUGUUUCAAAACUUACUUUCAAAUUUUUCCUGGCUGUUUUCUGCUCACUCAUUGGGGCUUUUUUGACAUUUCCUGGAUUACGGCUGGCUCAAAUGCAUCUGGAUGCCCUGAAUUUGGCAACAGAAAAAAUUACACAAACAUUACUUCAUAUCAACUUCUUGGCACCUUUAUUUAUGGUUCUGCUCUGGGUGAAACCAAUCACCAAAGACUACAUCAUGAACCCACCAUUGGGUAAAGAGAGUGUCCCUUUAAUGACAGAAGCCACAUUCGAUACUCUUCGACUCUGGUUAAUAGUCCUGCUAUGUGUUUUGCGGUUGGCCAUGAUGCGAAGUCACUUGCAAGCGUAUUUAAACUUGGCCCAGAAAUGUGUGGAUCAAAUGAAGAAAGAAGCAGGCCGAAUAAGUACAGUGGAGCUACAGAAAAUGGUAGCGCGAGUCUUUUAUUACCUGUGUGUCAUUGCCCUGCAAUAUGUGGCACCUCUGGUGAUGCUGCUUCACAUGACUCUGCUUCUGAAAACACUAGGUAAUCAUUCCUGGGGGAUUUAUCCAGAAGCUGUCUCUCCCUUGCCAGUGGAUAAUAAUCUCCCAUCCAACUUGGUUUACCCUGAACUACCAUCACCUGAUGGGAAGAUGAAGGUAACUGUUACGCAAAUCACAGUGGCAUUGAGCAGCUUAAAAAACAUCUUCACGCCUCUCCUUUUUCGAGGACUUCUGUCAUUUUUGACAUGGUGGAUUGCUGCUUGCCUCUUUUCUACAAGCCUUUUUGGGCUUUUCUAUCAUCAGUAUCUGACAGUGGCAUGAAUUUCAGUCAAAAAUGGAUAUCCAAGUCACACUUUAAAUUCAAAUAUCUGUGCCCUUGAAGGUUGACAAAAGAAGAAUGCAAAUACAACGGAGAAAAACGUAUCGGCGUGUCUUGUUUUGAAUGCUUCCUCUGUGCUCUCAGGGUGAAUUCAUGUUGUAAUAUUUAAAAAUCACAAGAUAGGUUGUUACACUGUUACACUGUGGCAUUGGAAUUGUAACUCAUCGGGAUAACUAAUGUGAGAGGGCUAUCUGCAGAGGCAAUCCUGCCGAUUACCUUGGUUUACAGUUGCAAACCUCCAACAGUCUUUUAGGCUUCUCCUAGGACUCCAGUAACUGACUGCUUUCCAUGGUGUUGUGGUACUGUUAUUACUCGUAGUUGCUGCCUGUAGAACAAUCUUCAAACUGAGCCAUGCUCGAGGGAAGGGAAAGGAACUACAAUUACUUCUGUUGGUAAUGUAUUAGUCUUCAAAAAAAAUCCAACAGAAAGGAAGAGGAAGCUACUGUAUAUUACAGUAAGAAAAGUUGCAUAGUCAAUUUUAAAUUGAAUGGAGAUAUAAAUCGCCCAGUGUCCACAAGCACUGUUACUUGAGAGUAGCAGGAAUAUUGUUUUAAAGUGUAUGCCACCCGGCUUGAAAGUUCUUUUGAAAUGAUUGGCCAAACGAACAUUAGCAGUCUCACUGUUAGUUUUGGGCCUCCUGUAUUUUAUUUUUUCUUUGAUUCUAAAUAGUUAUGUUUAAUCUAAAAAUAUUUAUCAAUACUGAUCAAAUUUGAGAAUUACUUUGUAAUCCUGCUGACUACGUGUAUGUAUUGUAUAUAUAUUAUAUAUUAAAUAUAUAAUAUAUUGAGGUUAUAAAAGAUGAAAAUAUUGAAUCCUUAUAAUAUUUUAAGUUACAGAAUGUCCGUUAAACAAUGAUUGAAUGAGAUGUAUUUGUAUCUAGAAAUUUCUGUUUGGAAUGAGAUUAAAAUACAUUUUUUAAAGCUCAA